AUGGCAGCCCUAGACGCCUGGCAGGCCUCCGUAGCAGCCGUGCGCGCCUACGUCGGCGAGGAGAGAUGGCCCCAGGACUACGAUGCUGAACGCUGGGCGCGAGUCGCCGCAGCGCUGGACUUGGACAAGCCGCGGCACAGCAUCGUGGUCCUCCGCGCCGGCGACGGCUGCUUCGCGGCGUGCCUCGCCCACCGCUGCGCCGCGGAUACUGUAGUCGCGCUCCUGGACGACCGCUACUUCGGCGGCGCCGGCCGCGGCUCGAUCGAGGCGCCCGGACACCUCGACGGGUUCUCGGCGAAGCUCGUCGCCCGCCGCGACGGCGCGGGCUCGACGGCGCGCCGCGCGCUGCGCGGCCUGCUCGCGCCCGGCGCGGCGGUCGUCGCCGUCGACGCGCUCGAGGGCCUCGCCGCCGUGCGAGCGGCGCGGCUCUUCUGCGCGGCGCCGGUGGAACGCGUGGUCGUGGCAAGCGUCGCGCCCGCCGCGGCGGCGAAGCAGCACGGGCGAGGCAAGAUGGCGUACGCUCCGGACCCACACGCCUUCGGCAUCGCCGCCAAGGUCCUGGGCGAGGAUUCCACCAAAUGGCGCGACGCGCUACGGGGCGUCUGCGCGACGCGCGGCGCGGAGAUAACGGAGGGCCUCGCCCUCGCCCACGCGAAAUCCGUCUCCGCGGGCGCCGUGGAUCUCGACGCGCCGCUGCUGCGGACCGUCGCGGACGAGCUCGCCGCGCUGAAGCGGCGCGUCGACCGGCGUGUCACAGAACUACCGCCAACGCCCCUCGCCGACGGCGCGUCAGCACGGUUACAACCGUCGACGGCCGCGCGCUUCGUCGACGGCGGCUACGCUACCAAACACUACGUCGCGACGCCGCCGGACCGGAACGAGGCCUGCUUCGAGCUGCUGAUCGACGGCGUGCCGCUCGGCUUCGUGUCCAUCGGGGCGACGUCGUUCGGCGGUCCAUGUGCGUGUGACGGCGGCUGGCCGUGGGCGGGCGACGCGCGGAUCUUCGACUGCGCGACGGUGUCGCGGCUCGUGCUGCUCGAGGCGGCGCGGGGCCGCGGCGCGCUCGCGGCCCUCUUGCGCGCCUGUGACGCGUUCCACGCGCUAGGUUUGCCUUGCAGGGUCACAACACGGAAGCGGGCCGUCGCGGAACGCGCGCUGGGCGUCAGCCCGGUCCUCGCGGCCGACGAGGGCGCACGGGCGCAGCGGCGCGCCGCGGCGGCCACAAAUCUUGACGCGGCCCAGCGGGCCCUCGUCCCCUUCGACUUCGAUUCGUUCAAAGCGUCGACGCCGGCGGCGCCGCGCGAGCGCGGCCGCAACGGCUCCUGGACCUUCUGGUACCGGGGCGCGCCCGUCGUCCGGCCGACCGGCGGGCGCUACGCGUAUGUGGGCGGGGACGAGCGCUUUGCUUUGUGUGUGUAA